UGCGACAGGACGUAAACGCACCGGCUCGUCGUCGCUGCCUCAUCUUCGCUGGCAUUUAACAGUGCAUCGUGAGGGGGAAUAAAAACAAAAUAAAUCCCGUGUGUUUAUGUCACAGCCAACUGUUUAUAAUGUGAUACAAUGAUCCUGUCGUCUGAGAAUCAAACACCAGCUUCUUUGGUGAGGAGGCGGAAGACGUCGUAGUGUUCCAUAACCUUGCUGCAUUCGAAGGAGAAAACCUUGCUGCGGUGCUGAGUUCACAGCAGACCGACACGACCAGCAGCUACAUCUCACUCCUGGGGCUCCUGUAAGAGCCACCUUUUGCACCACAACCAAAUGAAGCUACCUACCUCCCCAGAAGCAGCGCUCACAGAGGACUCCACCUGUAACUGGGACUCCUGUGCACUACGCUGGGCUCCAGUAGCCCAUCCAUGCCUGUGAUCCCCAUCCCACGGCGGGUGCGCAGCUUCCAUGGGCCCCACACCACCUGCAUGCACUCGGCCUGUGGGUCGACGCACACUUCCAAGCUAGUGCGCACCAAGUACAAUAACUUUGACCUCUACCUGCGCUCUCGCUGCAUGUACAGCUUCCUCCGUUUCCUCCUCUAUUUUGGCUGCAGUCUGCUCACCUCUCUGCUCUGGGUGGCGCUCUCUGUACUCUUCUUCCUGCAGUACGUCAGCGUGCGCGUACUCCUGCGGCUGCAGUACAAGCUAUCUGUCAUUCUGCUUUUGUUAGGGCACAGGCGCCUGGAUUUUGGGGUGCUUAAUGACCUGAUCAUCUACAGCAUGCAGAUCACCAUGUUUCUGGUGGGGGGGCUUGGCUGGUGCUUCAUGGUGUUCGUGGACAUGUAGCUGCAAUGUGAGCGACGUAGGAAACGUGGUGUAUGAUGUGGAUGCUUCACACUGUAACUUCAGCAUUAUGUGGUGUUACGGGACAACGUACCACUUUAGCAUGUCCUGUCAGACUGCUCUGUAUCACUCUGAGCUCAAGUAAAAAAGACCCAUGUGACAUCGACUUAAAAUCUAAUUGGUUUAGUUUCAGAAAAGAUAGAAUCCAGUUAGAAUCUGUGUAACAUCUAUAUGUACAGUCCUUUUACAAUUGUCGGUCCUAAAUAACUGAGAGAAAACCACCUGGUUGCUUAACAUAAAAAAGGAUGCAUGAAGUCGGUCUGAACAUGAGUCAGAACUGAGUCAUCAUGUAGGACUGUUAAGGGACCAAUAAGGUCAAAAUCUCUAUUUUUCAUGCCAUUUGUAAAUCGUUUUAACACAUUUUAAAGGGGCAUUCUGUCUGGAAAGCCAUUUGUUUACAAUAAUGGAAAAUGUGACUUAAGUGUUGCAUGGAAAAGUGACUUAACAUAUGACUGGUGUGCAUCAUGGCGGGAUCUGAUGCAAGACAGUCAUUUGUGCCAAAACACGAGUUGGGCUCUAAACUCAGAAGUGUACCGUGAUCCCCAGGUUGAGAUGAUUUCGAUAAUGUUGUACUCAAAAAAGACACUUGUAAACUUGUAACACAGAAAUGAAGCUGGAUCUUACGGUGGAUAAAGUGACCAAAAAACAAGUGAAGUCGUCAACAGUGUAUGUGCGUAAUGUGCUUUUGUGGAAAGGCUGGGGCAGAAUAGGAGAACAUCAACUUUUUUUGUAAAGUUAUUAAAUAAAUUUUUUGUUGAUGAAA